GUGUAUUUUGAAUGUUUACGUAACAGCUGAUAGGAGGAGAAAACAUGAACAAUCCUAUUACUACUACUACUACUACUAAUACUACUAAUAAUAAUAUUGUUAAUGAUGAUGUUCUUGUUCUUGUUGAUCGUGAGACAGACACAUAUAUUUCAGUGUUUUAAUCUAACCUUUCCUUGUAAAUGAUAUAUAUUUAUAUAUGCAUUAGUUUCAUAAGUGACUGAGCAAGCACACGAUUGUAUGUGUACAUGUUAAUCAAACACUUUUUUGGGAUCUAUUAUAGAAACAGAAAAGAAUCUAGUUGAAUAAUAAAAAAUUCUAAUUACACGUACAUAAAUAUCUCAAAAUUUCUUCUGGUUUUUCAUCUGUGUGUUCUUAUAAACGUUUGGAUUAACUGUGACACUAAAUGCAUAUACAUAUAUUUAUAUAUAUUUAAUGUGGUUACAUAAUAUUUAAUUGAUUACAAUGACAGAGAGAACAUCAUCAAUGAAUAAAACAAAUAAACGCUUACAACAAACCCAAGCACAAGUAAAUGAAGUCGUUGAUAUCAUGAGAGUAAAUGUUGAUAAAGUAUUAGAAAGAGAUAAAAAUCUCUCAGAACUUGAUGGACGAGCUGAUGCAUUACAAGCUGGUGCUUCACAGUUUGAAGCAAGCGCUGGUAAACUGAAAAGGAAAUUUUGGUGGAAAAAUUGUAAAAUGUUGACUGUAUUGGCUCUGCUAGUGUUGAUUUUAAUAAUCGUACUUAUCGUAUGGAUUGUUUCUGAACAAAAAAAUGAAGCUGAACGGAAAUCACACGAAUCUAAUAACAAUAAAAGUAAUUCUAUGCAUAAUUUGCAACCUUCAUUAUCGCAACCAGUGAUGAUUGAGCCUACUAGACAAGAGAAACAAAAGCUGCCACCAGCGUCGUCAUACAUGAUGACUGGGCUGAGUAAUCAUCAAGCAGGAGAACAACACGGGCCUCCACUGCUGCCGCCAUCGUCUGGAUACCAUCAUUCAAAUCCAACGAAAUUUAAACAAUCUGAGAAACCACCUUCCCCCACCUCAUCAUCAUCAUCAUCAUCGUCUUCGCCGUCAUCACCUCUGCCAUCUCGACAUCAUUCUGAGAAUAACGAGGAAAAGAUACCCCUUGUUUGACUGACUUUAUUACUAUUAUUAUUAUUGUUUAUUUUGUUUAAUUUUGAGUUGUCAUCUAUGCUUCUUCAGGAGUGUGUGGGGUGGGGUCAAGCACCUGGUGAAUGAAUGAAUCAAUAAAUGAAAUGGGCAAUGAAUGAUAUGCGUCUGUGUGUGUGUGUGUUUGCGGAUGUGUAAACACUCGAAACAAAAUACGCCACUAACAUCAACAAUAUUCAUCAUUUGUGUGUGUCUUUGUGUGAGCACACAUGUGACAAGGUGUUUUAGUAUCCUUUCCCUUACUUUUCACAAGACAUUUCGACUUUCCUCUCUUUCUCUCUCAAAUCAUGCAUUUAUGCAUUACAAUUUGUUUUUAUUGUGUGUGUAUGGUUUUUGUGUAUUUGUUUGUGUUCAUAUUUUGUGUUUGUGUGUAUGUAUGUACGUGUUCAUACGUACGUAUGUCGAGUAAAUGACACGCACGCAAACAUUACUCUUUCUCUCUGAUGUCCUCUUUCAAAUCACAAACUUUAAAAAAUAAAUCUCUGGGUGUCCUA